AUGUCAAUAUAUCAUGAACUGAUCAUUGCAUAUCAAAUGGGUAUGCGAGUUUUCGGCUGCUCACUUAUUACUAUUUUAACAAACCUGAAUAGCGAAAAUUCAGUGGUGAUGACACAUGAGGAGGUGAUGGAAGCGCGAAAGGAAACGCUGGAAAGAACCACCAAUUUUAUUUGUGAAAUUGUCAAGAAUUUGUGA